UCGCGAAGUGUGUGAAAUAUUUUUGACUUUAUUGUGAUUUAUCCAGCGUAAUUCCUAUCGGAAUAGCUUUUGACUUCAUUUAGUAGUUUUUCAUUAUAAAUCUUAUAGAACAACAUUUAAUUAGAAAAAUGAUAUAUUACAUUAUCGCCUGCUGUACAUCUUUAUUAUCCAUGAUGAUCUCAGUUGCUGAUAAACAAGAUGGUGACAUGCCUAUAAUCAGACCAUUCUCUCUUCCUCGUGAUCUCAAAAUUGGAGAUAAAGUCAGUAUUCUCUGUUCAGUUAGUUCCGGGCAACAACCGCUAACGUUUCAUUGGAUAAAAGAUGGAGAAGAAAUGUUUGAAACUAAGAAUAUAAAAAUUCAUAGUCAUUCCGAUGUGUCAGUAAUUACUAUACAUUCUAUUAAUGAAAAUAGUGUAGGAAACUACACUUGCUUUGUAAGUAACAAUUUUGGAACUACUUUUCACACAGCUGUAUUAGAAGUGCCAGUAUCUCCAUCUUGGAAAAUCGAACCAAAUUCUCUCGAUGUCGUGGUUGGACAAAAUGCCAGUUUACAUUGUGAAGCAAAUGGAUUUCCUGUUCCAACUAUUUCAUGGAUCAAACAAGAAAAUUCUUUUGGUGAAAAAGAGAAUUUAGUAAUGGACCAUAAAUUCAUCAUGAAUAGUACUUUGCUUUUAAUUCAUGUAAAGAAAGAAGACGGAGGAAUUUAUGAAUGUUCAGCAAAAAAUGGCAUAGGAAUAGGUUUGAAGAAAGCAGUUAGUUUAAUAAUUAAAGGUAUGAUAUAGCACGUAAUUUUAAUUAAAUCUCAAAAUAUUAAUUCAAUCUUGUUAUAAAUGUUAAUUCUGUUAUGCUUUAAAUUUCAUUUAAUAAUUGAAAUAUAGUUCAUUUAUUAUCCGAUAUGUGGCGUUGUAUUGUUAAAGAUUGGAUAGUGUAUAUUUCGUGCUCGGUGCACUUUCUCUUAUGUUAAAGCAUCAUUAAAAUGUUCGUGAAAGAUAUAUAUACCAAAUGAUAUAGUAUAUGAAUAAGUGGUCAUUUUAUAUGUAAGUAUUAGUGACAUGAAUUUCAUGACUGUAUAAGACAAAGGACACUGAAUAUAAGAUA